CCGACAUCUCUGAGGUAACUUUCAUUGUUGACAUCACGAACCGGGGGCGUGCUUUUAAAUACAUAAACCAUAAUAAGUCGACUAUAAAAACUGGCCACGAGUAUGGUGAAAGUGUCAACUUCUCAAGCCACGCCGCUGUUCCACACACAGACUAGGCGCGAGGGUUUGCGAGUGCGCAAUGAUGGUGAUGUCUUCUGCUUCCGCGCGUGCAGUUUCUAAUUACGAUAUGACCGACUUGAGGCACGAGGAAAUGGUCAUAACACUGCUGAAACACUGUCACUCCAUGAAGCGGCAAGAAACACAUCUUCGACUAGCCACUGGCUUCGUAGUGUUGAUGGGCUUCGUUGUCAUUUUCUUCUUGCAUUAUCAGAGACAUGGCGGUGCAACUCCGGAGGCUGGAGUUGGGCGACAGAUAGAUUCAUUUGCUCAAGCACAACGAGAUCCCUGCCCCAAAACCUCCCAGGAUCCAAUUUCCAGUCCUGCAACCACAUUUGCACUAACUUACCUCCCAGGGUCUACCACACUUCUGCACUGGAGGGCAAAAGGUAACCCAUCACUUUGGAAUAUAACAGACCUUCACAUUGAGAAAGGCGGUCUUUACUACGUCUAUCUAGCAAUGUUGUACAGGAUACCGCCCGGGAAUUGUGAAAAUGUUCAGUACCCGAUGGCAACAGUUAAAUUGCUUAGCGUGAGAUACCCUGAUAAAUGGCAAACGAAGAUGAUCUCUAAGGACAUGAUGAACUGCUCUAAAGAGUACCCCAAUCACAAGACCGUGUACAUGGGACAGAUACUCGAUCUAGAGGAAGGCGAUAAGUUGAAAGUGGAGGUCACUACACCGGGAUUGAUUGACUACUACACCGGAGAAGGAAUACAGUUUGGGGGCCUUUCUUUGCAAGGAAUGACACAAAGCAACUAGGACAUUUGGUUGCUCUCAUGUGACGCCUUGCUGUGUCCACCCCUCACACGUCUCUGUUGUUGUUAUCUUCAACUUGGGACGCAGUGGCUGUGAACUUGUUAAUGACAGAGGUAACAUGGGUCAUUGUAGCGAAGGGGAGUAGAUUUGCCACUCUGGGACUCCAACCCUCCAACCUCUGUGCAUCUAACCAUAACCACCUCAGCUGUGGUACCACCGGUGACCCAAGUUUGGGCUGUCUUGGCUUGGCAACUCUACUCCCCUUUGCUACAGUCAUACUCCUAUAAUCCCAGAGGGAACUUGUUAUUAUUAUUAAUUAAUUAAUUUAUAAGUGAUGCAAUCAUCACCCUGUUGUAUGACAAGACAGGGUUCCAUGAUGGCACCUUUCUUUAUGACCUGACAUGUUUUAUGUUAAAACUAUUGCUUGCAUGCAGAUUUAUGCAUGGUCAUCGCAGUUGCUUUGUAUGAACGCUAUGGGAUGGUUUUGAGACCUUGUGUCACUGUGGGGAGGACUCGUGGUUCUUCUAAGGGAGGUGAUUUUGAUCUGGGAAGUUUGCGGCUUGGACUCCUACAGCAUGUUCUCCAUGGCCCAUGUCCUUGAAGUGCCCUUGAACAAGGCACCCAACCCUACAUUGCUCCAGGGACUGUAAACUAAACCCUGUAAUUCACUUUGGACAAAAGCAUUAGCAUGAUGUCAUGUACUUACCUGUAUCUGUGUUUGUUGUUGUUGUCAUUAUUAUUCCCUCAUGAGAGAUUGUUACAACAUGAUCCCAAGACAAUUUCUUUUGUGCAGUUAAUAAAAGAAACCGGCUAUUUUUGUGAUAUCUCAAGAGUAACGGGAGUGCCUAAUGUUUUGUCAG